CCGUCAGCUUAAGAAAAAAAAAAAAAAAAACGACAAAGAAGAAGAGUGCAAUUGCUUAAAAUAUUUUGAUAAAAAUACCAAAUACAUGUGUGCGUUUUUUUUUGCAGAGGUUCUAUAUAUGUUAUAUGUUAUGAAUACAAAGUAAGCCCAUGUAAACACAAGAAUAUAAAUUAUUUAAAACUUCUACCAUUAAAUGAAAAAGAAAGGAUUAGAAGAACCAAAAGAAAACUCGUUAAAUAAACCAUAGCUACGCUUGUUUAACGAAAAUAGCUAUCUUUAUGAUUUUUUAUAAAACAAAACAAAUCACAUAUUUUUCACUUUGAACUUAUAUUUGCAUUGGAAUGCUGUUUUUCGUAUUUUAUAGAUUAAUUCGACCAUGAUACGCGAUUGUGAUGGAGCAAUAUUUAAAUUAAAACGACUACAAGAACGAAUCAUUCGCUAGUUGAGACACGUUCGAGUGACGUCUACAUGAAGACCUCGAAGCAUCGACAUAGCUGUUCAGCAAAAGGAGCAAGCCACGAUAGCAAACUGAAUGACAUGGCAAAAACAUCAUCUUUUCUGCCAUAUUCUGUGAGGAGUGCUACCACUCGAAAAAAAAUCAGCAGCCCCUCAUUGACACGCAAUCCUUGCAUAAGGAAAAUGCCAACAAAAGCGUUAGUUAGUCCAUACACGCAAAAUAGUAGUUUGUUAAAGAAAUGCACCCAAAAAUGCUGUCGUAAACAUGACGUCAAUGCUUUAGAAAAAUGCUACAAGCGUGUAUGCAAAGACGAUGUAUCGGCAUUCCGAUUGCUUUUCCGCAACCAAAAUCAGUUUGGGAAAGAAAAAAUUAUAUUGCAAGUGAAACCGGACAAUAUGCGACAUCAAAAUAUAUUACUGAAAAAACAAAUCAACCCAAAUUCAUUUCCGCCAAAAAAACCUCCUUAUGUACCUGCUUCGUUUUCAAAUGGCGCGAAAAAAAAGAAAAUUACUGCACGCUUUAUCAAAGGAAAGGAAAAAUCUUCAGUCAAGAAUGAAAAGUUUCAAACCUUAACAGCUAAUCAUCUGGUGGAUGACCGUAAUAAACCAACAAGGAGACUCAGCCAUCAAAGGAGUGACAGUAGCCUCGAACAUUUAAAUUCCAUCGAUAAGAAGGUUGGUAAAGGGAGUGAAAAAAUGAAAAAUAGCGUCGAUCCUAAGAUUUUUGAUGAAAUCAAUCAGGAAAUACUUCGCAAAGGAACAGUAGACGAAGAACUAAUUAACGUACCAAACUCUGGUGAUUUUUUUACCGACUCGAGAUGCUCGUCCUCGGCCUCUCGAAUUAUCGAAAAUCACAUUAAAGGACAUGUCAAAUCUGACAGCACACGUUUCGACGUAGAUUGGAAUUCAACGUCGAACGAAAGCCGAAACUCGCAAGUUUCCGACGAAAACAUUGCAGCGUCAGGCGCUUUUAUAAAAUGCGAGAUUGACAUGCAUGUUGUGGAUGAGAACGGCGAAAUGAAUAAGCCAGAAGUUUUCAUACCAGAUACUGAUCAUAAAUCUGAAGAAGAAACAGCAACAACCAACGGUGAUUGUUCACCAGCAAGAUUAAGCAGGCGUGAAGAACUCGUCAAACUGCUUAAUGAAUGUUCCGAAAUAGCAAAAGAAAUAAAAGACUUAAAAUUGCAAUCUUGAAACAGCUUUCGACACUAAACAUAUGCUCCGAAACUACUCUACAGCUCAAAGAAGAACAAAUAAAGUUAAUCACAUGUAAAGACGAGCUCCUGUACUUGUCUUCUUACUUCAGUAGAACUUGCUUUCAUCUACAUACUUAUCAAUCUUUGUGUUGAAAUACCUACUAAAACACCAAAAGGGAGUGUAAAUGUUGUGGUAUAUUAAGUACUACUUUAGCCGCGGAAGAAACUGUCGCAAGCGACUUUUUUAAGGUUUUGCAGAUGUAACAAUAAGAUUCCCAGAAUGUCACACUAUUUAUUUUGUUUCAAUAAAAUAUUGUCAA